AUGGUCAACUUCACCAUCGACGAGAUCAGGCUACUGAUGGACAAGCCUACCAAUGUCCGUAACAUGUCCGUCAUUGCCCACGUCGAUCAUGGCAAGUCUACCCUGACAGACUCUCUCUUGGCCAAAGCCGGUAUCAUCUCCACCGCGAAAGCUGGUGAUGCCCGAGCUACGGAUACGAGAGCAGACGAACAGGAGCGUGGUAUUACUAUCAAGUCUACUGCCAUCUCUCUGUACGGCAACCUACCCAACGACGAUGACCUAAAGGACAUCGUUGGCCAGAAGGCCGAUGGCCGAGAUUUCUUGAUCAACCUGAUCGACUCGCCUGGUCACGUUGAUUUCUCUUCCGAAGUUACCGCUGCCCUGCGUGUCACUGACGGUGCCCUCGUCGUCGUCGACACCAUUGAGGGUGUCUGUGUCCAGACUGAGACUGUCUUACGACAGGCUCUUGCUGAGCGAAUCAAGCCUGUUAUCAUCAUCAACAAGGUCGACCGUGCUCUUCUCGAGCUGCAGGUCUCCAAGGAGGAUCUUUACCAGUCCUUCUCCCGAACAAUUGAGUCCGUUAACGUCAUCAUCUCCACCUACCUCGACAAGACUCUGGGUGACAUCCAGGUCUACCCCGAGAAGGGUACUGUCGCUUUCGGUUCCGGUCUCCACGGCUGGGCUUUCACCAUCCGCCAAUUCGCCGUCCGAUACGCCAAGAAGUUCGGUGUUGACCGAAACAAGAUGAUGGAGCGUCUAUGGGGUGACAACUACUUCAACGCUGCUACCAAGAAGUGGACUACCAAGAGCACCCACGAUGGCAAGCCCCUAGAGCGUGCCUUCAACCAGUUCAUUUUGGACCCUAUCUUCAAGAUCUUUGCGGCUGUGAACCACGCCAAGAAGGACGAGAUCACCACCCUACUCUCCAAGCUUGACCUCAAGCUUACCAGCGAGGACCGGGAUAAGGAGGGCAAGCAGCUCCUCAAGGCUGUCAUGCGAACUUUCCUUCCCGCUGCCGACUCUCUCUUGGAAAUGAUGAUUCUCCACCUUCCCUCUCCCGUUACCGCCCAGAGGUACCGUGCCGAGACUCUGUACGAGGGUCCCCCUGAUGACGAGGCUGCCAUUGGUAUCCGAGACUGUGAUCCUAAGGGUCCCCUUAUGCUUUACGUCUCCAAGAUGGUGCCGACCUCCGAUAAGGGUCGUUUCUACGCUUUCGGUCGUGUCUUCUCCGGUACCGUCCGAUCCGGUCUCAAGGUCCGCAUUCAGGGUCCCAACUACACCCCUGGAAAGAAGGAGGACUUGUUCGUCAAGGCUAUCCAGCGUACUGUUCUGAUGAUGGGCGGCAAGGUCGAGCCCAUUGACGACAUGCCUGCUGGCAACAUCGUCGGUCUGGUCGGUAUCGACCAGUUCCUUCUCAAGUCUGGUACUCUUACCACUCUGGACACUGCCCACAACCUUAAGGUCAUGAAGUUCUCCGUCUCCCCUGUUGUCCAGCGAUCCGUUCAGGUCAAGAACGCUCAGGAUCUUCCCAAGCUUGUCGAAGGUCUUAAGCGUCUGUCUAAGUCUGACCCUUGUGUCUUGACCACGACUUCCGAGUCCGGUGAGCAUGUUGUUGCUGGUGCUGGUGAGUUGCAUCUUGAGAUUUGCUUGAAGGAUCUCGAGGAGGACCACGCUGGUGUUCCCCUUAUCAUCUCCGACCCCGUUGUCCAGUACCGAGAGACCGUUGCUGGCAAGUCCAGCAUCACUGCUCUGUCCAAGUCCCCCAACAAGCACAACCGUCUGUACAUGGUUGCUGAGCCGAUCGACGAGGAGCUUGCCAAGACGAUCGAGGAGGGCAAGAUCGGACCUCGUGACGAUUUCAAGGCUCGUGCCCGUAUCCUAGCUGACGACUUCGGUUGGGAUGUCACCGAUGCCCGAAAGAUUUGGUGUUUCGGUCCCGAUACUGUCGGUGCCAACUUGCUGGUUGACCAGACCAAGGCCGUACAGUACCUCAACGAAAUCAAGGACUCUGUCGUCUCCGGUUUCCAGUGGGCUUCCCGUGAAGGACCCGUUGCCGAGGAGCCGAUGCGAGCCGUCCGAUUCAACAUCCUCGAUGUUACCCUCCACGCCGAUGCUAUCCACCGUGGUGGUGGUCAGAUCAUCCCCACUACCCGACGUGUUCUGUACGCUGCUGCGCUACUUGCUGAGCCCGCUCUCAUGGAGCCUGUCUACUUGGUAGAAAUCCAGGUCCCCGAGCAAGCUAUGGGUGGUGUCUACGGUGUCCUUACCCGAAGAAGAGGUCACGUCUUCAACGAGGAGCAACGUCCUGGUACUCCUCUAUUCACAAUCAAGGCCUACCUACCCAUCAUGGAGUCUUUCGGCUUCAACGGCGAUCUCCGACAAGCCACAUCCGGCCAGGCUUUCCCUCAACUCGUCUUCGACCACUGGCAAUUACUACCUGGUGGAUCUCCCCUCGACAAGACCACAAAGGUCGGACAAAUCGUCGAGACAAUGCGAAAGCGCAAGGGUAUCAAGGUCGAAGUACCGGAUGUCAGCAACUACUACGACAAGCUAUAA